CGCCAUGCAUGUCGACCGUGUGGUGACUGUUCCGCUAUUGGUCAUUGCGGACGACAUGUUGUUGGACAGCAACAGUGUGCGUGAACGUCGCGAGUUGCUGGGUUGAUGAAUACCAGGCGCGUAGAUGGUGUCGCACGAAAGCAGGCGGGUUUCCCUUGCGCGCGAAGCACCGCCGGCGUGGUGCGCGCUCUGGAGGGAAGAUGAAACAAUGUUGUGACUCGGUUUGAGAGUGUCCGUGUCUCUGUUGGCCUGAGUUGCUUUGUUGAAGAUUUUGUUCUUGCUCUUUCUGGUCAGGUAGGACAGUGGACGGCGGAGGUCGAAGUUUGCUGAUGAAGGUACGCGGUUUGGCUUCGUCGAUCUUGCAGAGUCUUUGAUGUUCUAGUAUUUCUGCUGCUUUUGUUGUUGCCCUUCUCUUGCUGUGCAGUCAUCUUGCCAACCUUCUGCUAUCUUGCCGGUCAGGUUCUUCACAAACCCUUCAGCAAAACUCACCAUCAUGAAACUCAAAGCACUGUUCGUCAUUUUCUCGCUCAGCAUGCCUGUCUGCAUGGCCACACCUGUUCCUCCCUGUAACACGGCACCCCUCACCGUCUCGGCCAUCACCACCGUCGCCUCGGACAGCGCUUCUUGCGACGGUGCACCAUUCCCAGCCGAGUGCGCAACUGCCACGAACGCGGCACCCUGGAUCAACUUGGCCUUCCACACCUUUGGCAUACACGCGUUUGGCACGCAGGCCGCUUUGCUGUCGCUCAUGCUCUUCGAGUCCGGCUCUUUCAAGUACAACAUCAACCAUUAUCCUGGUGUACCCGGACAGGGUACUCGCAACAUGCAAAGUCCGGCCUUCAACUUGAAAUACGCUGAGUGGCUGGCUGCAAAUAUGACAGGAUCGGGUAUCUCGACGCAGCAGGUGCAGAAAGCGCAGUCAGAGGGGCCGACACAGGUACUGGAGCUUGUGAACGGUGACCGGUGGGGUUUCGCUUCGGCAGCAUGGUUUCUGGCAGCUCAGUGCGACGAGGAAGCCAGGAAGGGGCUCGUGGCUGCGACAGAGGAUGGCUGGAACGCGUAUCUGACAGACUGUAUCGGUACGACUGCAACUGAAGGCCGUACGACCAUCUGGAAGAAGGCCAUCGCGUUGGGCAAGUGGUAGAC